CGAUUCAAGAUGCGAAUCGUGAAAAUACGUUUCCCGCAGCCAAACGACCACGUAGGAUAAGUAAGCGCGGGGAACGGGCGUGUGCUAUAUCUCACGAGGUUCGCAAUCACGCUCUAAUCCUCCCCUAGCCCCCGUCUCCUUGAUCAACCACCAUCGGGCGUCAUGGAUGCAAGGGCAGCUCCACCCAGCUUGGUGCCUCCGCUCUCGUCAAGCAGCACGCAAAGCCCGCCAUCCGCGUCGCGAAGACCGCAUCGUAAACACCAAGAUUCGUUCCUGCACUUCGCCAGCGCUUCCGAUCCUCGAAUCUCGUCUUCGGAAGAUCAAGCGAGCAACCUUUCGGCCAGGACUCCGCUCCGCAGAGAGGAUGGCGAAACCGACUCCGAACCGUUCCUUCGACGGCUAGUGAUGAUGCCUCUCAUCAGCAUUUCCUUCCUCCUUUCGCUCUUUCUUGUCCAACGCUCUGAUCGUGCGCGACGGUCUUCCGAACAUCCGUCGCGGCAAGCCUUAGGUAGCCCGUUUUGGUCUCCAUUCGCGCUGCAGAGCUGGCUUUCUCCAGAGCCGUACCAGGAUCCUGACGACACUACUUGGCGAGAUGCCGACAGCUCCCAGGGUGGAUCGCCCAAGCCGAAAAAGAGAUCGUGGUAUGUGAGAAAGAAACUACGCCAAGUUGGUAGAAUGCAGAUCAUAGAUGCAUUCGAGCUGAGAGGGGUUGUCAUGAUAGCCUUGUUGGCUCUUAGCGUAUUGAUGAUUGUCGGGGUUGGGUGGACCUUUUCCAAAGCCUACCAUGGGCUAAUGGCGCGGUUAAAACGCUGAAUCGCUGGCUAUGAGCUGCAAACGGGAGGUUAUGGCACAAGUGGAUCGGACAAAAUCAAUCUUUACAGCGGGUUGUGAGAUUAUACAAAUGUGCUCGGUGCAUUGCAUUUAAAUAGUCGUUACAGGGGUAUCAUAUCUUAUUGUGGCGGCAUAGUCAGUUAUCGAUCAACGAUUAAAAGACUUGGUCCAAG